AUGUUCGCCCCUCUCCUCCUCCUCCUGGCUGAGCUUGGCUGCAGCGCCCAACCCACUUACCAAUGGAGAGAUGCUGCGACGAACGAGAAGCUCACCUGCCAGCAGUGCCCGCCGGGGACCUUCGUGGCACAGCACUGCACCAGGGACAGCCAGACGGUCUGCAAACCCUGCCCGGAUUUGCACUACACGCAGUACUGGAACUACCUGGAGAAGUGCCGGUACUGUAAUGUCAUCUGCGAGGAGAAGCAGGUGGAGGUGCAGCAGUGCAAUUCCACCCACAACCGCGUCUGUCAGUGCCAGGAGGGCUACUACUCCGAGAUGGAGUUCUGCAUCAGGCACUCCGAGUGUCCGCCGGGCUCCGGCGUAGAGAAACUGGGUACCCCCUUUGAGAACACCCGGUGCCGUGCCUGCCCCCGCGGCUUCUUCUCUUCCUCCAACUCCAGCACCAAGCCGUGCCAGCCGCACCAGGACUGCGAGCAGCAGGGGAAGAUGACCAACGUGCAGGGCAACCAGUACCACGACACCCUCUGCACCUCCUGCAAACUGGGGAGAAGCAACAGCACGCAGGGCACAGCUCUAGGAGACGACGACUGUGAGCAAGCCAUGAUAGACUUUGUGGCGUACCAGAACAUCCCCAUCAGAAAGCUGAAGCGCCUGCAGCAAAUCCUGGAGCGCUCGCCGAGGAAGCAGGCGCUGGGGACCAAGGCAGCCAUCCAGGAGAAGUUCAGGGCUUUCCUCACCCACCUCAAAGAGGGGCACUACGAGGUCACCAAGGAGCUGCUGGACGCGCUGCGAGCUGCCAAGCUGCACUCCAUCGAGGAGAAGGUCCGCGAGCGCUUCCUCCUGUACUGA